AUGGCGCCGCUCCCCAAGUCCACCACCCGCCGGCACACCGUCUUCCUGCUGUGCCUCUUCUCCUCGCUGCUCGUCAGCUUCGCCCUCUUCACCUACUUCAUGCUCAUGCCCUUUUCGCAGUUCACCACGCACCACCGCGCCAGCGACAAGUCGCACGACUUGCACGAAGACCUGGCGGCCGCCGUCGCCACGAGCGCCAGGCGCGUCGACUUUGCCCUCGGCGACGCACACCAGAGCCUCGAUGACGACCGCCUGUGGCGCGAGGACCUGCUGCCCCCGAACGGCGGGUACCUGACGCUCGCGCGCACGCCCAACGACACAACGGCCGCCAGGCUCGGCGUCGCCAUGUUCCACCAGCUGCGGUGUCUGGCCGCGAUCCGCUCCGAGAUGCAGCGUCUGCAGGCACGCGCGCGUGGGGGGGCCAAGCCCGACGCCGACGACCAGGAUCGGGAUCGUGCAUUAGCUUGCUUCGACUACCUGCGCCAGUCGCUCUUGUGCCAUGCCGACGCGACCAUCGAGGCAGACGACGGCGGGACGGGCGUGGCUGAGGGCAUGGGCGAGCGGCAGUGCAGGGAUUGGCGUAUUUUGUACGAGGCGUCGACGAGGUCGGAUGACGAGCCUGUCUUGCCCGACGACUUGCGCUGA